AACUUAAAAAAAAGUUUUAUUUAUUUAAGUUUAUUACCUGCUACUUUACUAGUCUUAUUCAUUAAAAAACCUAGAGGAGAGUUUAGAUUCUGUAUAAAUUAUUAUAUUUUAAAUAUAAUUUUUAUUAAAGAUUACUACUUGUUUUUACUCGUAAAAAAAAUCCUGAAUAAUCUA